AUGGCGUCCUCCAACCCACCAUCAUCGCAACCCGAGACGGAGAAAAGGUUUAAUCCCACAGAAACCACACCAAACAACAACAGCUCCAAAACCCCAAACCAUGAUGAUCCCGAGAAAACGCAACCCGAACAUACCCCCCCAGAGGCAUCAUGCUGCGAACCACGACCCGCCAGUUUGUCCGCCUUCAGCUCCCUCGGCUUCCUCGACCGGUAUCUCGCCGUCUGGAUCUUUUUAGCCAUGCUCAUUGGAAUUCUCCUGGGAAAUUUCGUUGAUGGCGUCGGCCCGGCUCUGCAAAAGGGGACAUUUGUGGGUGUCUCAUUGCCCAUUGCAAUCGGCCUUCUCGUCAUGAUGUACCCAAUUCUUUGCAAGGUACAAUACGAGAGACUCCACGAGGUGUUCAGAACGAAGGAGAUCUGGAUUCAGUUGGGGUUCAGCAUUGUCAUCAACUGGAUUGUAGCGCCGUUGUUUAUGCUUGGUCUCGCCUGGGCUUUUCUACCAGACCAACAGGACCUACGUGAGGGUCUCAUCCUCGUGGGCAUAGCGAGGUGUAUCGCCAUGGUAUUGAUCUGGAACUCUCUAGCCGGCGGAAACGGCGAUUACUGCGCCAUCCUAGUCGCAAUCAACUCCCUCCUCCAAAUCAUCCUCUUCGCCCCUCUCUCGCUCCUCUUCAUCCGCGUUUUCAACCCCCACCCUCCCCCCUCUUCCACCACCUCCUCCGCAUCAAUCACCUACCCCACCGUCGCCACCUCCGUAGCCGUCUUCCUCGGCAUCCCCCUAGCCGCCGCCAUCCUCACCCGUCUCACCCUCCUCCCACUCCUCGGCCGCGGAACCGACAAGGACAAGAAACGAUACCACACCCACUUCAUCCCCUUCAUAAGCCCCCUGUCCCUCAUCGGCCUCCUCUUCACCAUCCUCGUGCUCUUCGCCUCGCAAGGCCGACGAGUCGUGCACCAAGUAGUAUCCGUGGUACGCGUGGCGGCGCCGUUGGUGGUGUAUUUCGCGGUGGUGUUUUGCGUGACAAUGGUGUUGGCGCGGAGGCUGGGAUGGCGGUAUGGGUAUGCGGUUACACAGGGUUUCACGGCGGCGAGUAAUAAUUUUGAGUUGGCGAUUGCGGUGGCGGUUGCGGCGUAUGGACCGCAGUCGGAUCAGGCGCUGGCGGCGACGGUGGGGCCGUUGAUUGAGGUACCGGUGUUGUUGGGGUUGGUGUAUGGGGUGAGAUGGUUUGUGAAGUGGAAGGGGUGGGGGGAUGAGGAAGGGGGUAGAGAGGAGGUUGUGUGA